GCGCACUCCGCCGCUGCCACGCCUUCUCCGCGCCCAUUGGUCAGCCUCCUGGGGGGCGCGACCUGGCAACCAAUUAGCGGCCUACUCGCUCCGCCACCCCGCCCCGGCGCCUUCUCUUGGGGGGUCGCGUCCCUAGAGAGGGAGCCCGGGCGGGGUGGAGGGGCCCUGCCCCGCUCCCACACCUGCUGGGGCUCCCCAUCGUCCAGCCUCUUGUCCCCGCAUAUACCCUCGGGAGUUUGUGUGGGUCCCCCACCGCCCUGCCUCCUGUACCCCCAUGUACCUCGGGGGUGCACCUCUGCUCAGCUCCCACCCUGCGGGGCCCCCCACUGCCCCACCUCCUGUACCUCCAAGUACUUUUUGGGGGCGUGUGUGUCCCUGCACACCCCCCAGUGCUCUGCCUCCUGUACCCCCAAGUACUUUGGGGUAUACCUCUGCACAGCUCCCACCCUGCGGGGGCCCCCCACUGCCCCUGCAGCUCCUAGGGCCCUCCCUUGAGACUUUCCGAAGAGGGCAGGGGGAUUCAGCACCCUGCCUUUCCUCGUCAUUGUGGGUAUCUGCAUGAUUGGAGUCUUCUGGCCCUGCUCGUUCACUGCCUGCUCCACGUGGGUGGCACUGGGGCUCUCCAAAUUCCAUCACUUCCCAAAGCAGUGUUUCAAUCAGGAAUCACUCAGUAAACACACAGUGCCUAGGACGUCCCAGCACUGUGGGAAAGGCAGAAGAUAGUUCCUGCCCUCCAGGAAGGAGCUCACAAUCUAGCUGUGGAGACCUCAUGCCAACAAGAUAUGUAUGCACCAAUAACUGGGAAUAAGUAGAGGGAAGGCCCUGGCACGAAGGUGAUUCAGGGAAGGCUUCCUGGAGGAGGUGGGCUUUUAAUUGGGACUUAAAGGAAGCCAGGGAGGUCAGUCCUCAAAGCGGAGGAGGGAGACAUUCCAGGCCAGCAGGACAGCCAGGGAGAAAGCCUGAAGCCGAGGUGUGGGCUCAUUCAAUGAGCACCUUGCUUGUUUCACAUCUUUUGCCACCACAAAAAGGGCCUUUAGGAACAUUUGGGUUGGAGCACGUUUCUUUCUGACUUUGACUUCCUUGGGAUCAUUGGGUCAGAUGGCGACAUUGGAUUAGAUCACAUAAAGUACAUAUUAAGGAAUUCCUGUGCUAAACUCUGGGAUUAGGAAUAAAAGGAAAAAGAAAGACACUCCUUUCCCUUGUCAGUCAGUGGUCUCCUAUCUCCAGCUGGCUCUCAGACAUCUCCAGCCACAUGUCCAGUAGACACCUUAAACUUAUCAUGUCCAAAACCAAACUCAUUGUCUUUGCCCCACUUCUACCUUCCCUGUCACUGUCUAGGGCAGGGCUUCUUAGCUUUUUCCACUCUUGACCCCUUUAGCAGUUGGGCAGUGUUCAUUGGCAUUGUGUGGCCUGAGGGUGUGCACAGGGCAAAGUGGGUGUGUUUUGUGUUCAGAACCAAGGCUGCUGUGAAGCUGCAUGGGCAAGCACUGCCAGAAACACGUCAGAUUCAUAAUGUGUGGUCACUGCUCAUUCAGAAACCUUUUACUGUUAACAAAUUUUUCUCUACCCCACGUGGGGUCAAGACCCACAGUGUAAGAAAAGCUGGUCUAGGGCACCCCCAUCCUUCUGGUCCCUCAGGCCCCCAACUUAGGCUCUUCCUGGACUCCUCACUCUCUCUCACCCUCAUGUCCAGUAUGGUGCCAAGGCCUGUUGAUUUCACCUCUGCAGCAUCUCUUGAAUAUGCCCCUCUGACGCUGCCCCCAUCCCAGUGCAGACCUUCAUCACCUUACCCCUUGAUUACUGCAAUAGCUCCUGGGGGGAUUGGGGGGAGAAGGUCUGCCUGUCUCAAAUCUCUCCCCACUCUAGAUUAUCCUGCACUCAGCCGCCAAAGUGAACUUCCUAAAGGGCAGGCUGACCUUGUCACCCCUCCUCAGUAAACUCCAGUGGUUCCCAGUCACCUCCAGGGUCAAAUACAGAGUCUUCUGUUGGGUGUUCAAAGCCCUUCAUAACCUGCCCCUCCAACCCCCGCCCGUCCACCUUUCUAGACUUGUUAUACUUCACUCCCUUCCAGUUCCUGUGAGCCAGGGACACUGGCCUCCUGGCUGGUCAAGUCAAGUAAAAAACAUUGACUCCCCUCAAGUUUUCCAUUGGCUGCUCUGCUUGACCAACUCCUCAGAACAACAUGCCCUGCCCCCACCUCCCCACCCCAGGAUAGGCUGAUCACCUGAAGUCUCAUUACUACCACCAGUGACUUGGGUUUGAUAUUCUUCAGCAUCUCACUCCCCCCACGCCCUUUCCCCUCUCCCCUCUAUUUGGAAGGCUGGAGGGCGAAGCUCCCAACUCUUCUCAAAGCCUUCUGUCUACUAGACUGGAACUGGUCUCUAACCUGCAGGCGGCUGGAGCCAAACAAAGCAGGCUAGUGUCAGGAGAGCCAGAAAUCAAGUAGAAGUUUAAUUAACUUCAGAGUGAGGAAAACGCUUGGAAGUAGAAGGAAGGAGAGCUUGAUGUGCUGGGGCACAUGAAAACCAUAACACAGUCAUUCUUAGGUCUUGAGUAAACAGUUCCCAGGGCUGGCCCAUGCGAUGCAUGCAAGUCCCGGGUCCUGUGGGAGCAAUCUCCAAGUUGACUGGAAUCAUUGUCUAACAGUCCUUGAGCUUUGUGAUCAUUCAGCAGGGUACAGAACCGGACUUAGUGUGGCGGGAACAGGAGUGCAGUAUCUGGUUUGGUUCACUUGGCAGUUACAAGAAACAGGUUGUGAGCACGUCAGGAGGUGUGAUGGAUGGCUUUCUGCUGCAGCACGUCAGCUGCUUCUGGCUCUCAGGUGCCUGGGAAAUAGGGGGAGCUCCAACAAACCCAGUUAUUGAUCACAUGAAGAUCACAAAUCCCUCAGAGAACGCCUGGUGCUGGUCAAAGCAACGCAUUUUGCCAGCGGGUGAGCACAAAGGAUUGUUGCUAUGCCAAGCUCAGGGCACAGCCUGCUCGCUGCGCCUGAGCUGGGGAAACAGAGGCCUCCAAAUGUUCUGCCACUUCUUUGGUGGAGGUACCACAGCUUCCUGGUAACUCCAUCUUUCCUCCAGCUUGUCUUUGACUCCACAGAACAACAGGCCCCUGCAGCUGGCACCGCCUGGCUCCCCCCAGCCCUCUUCAGCUUCCUUCAGUGUGUGGUCUUCCCCCAUUAGAUUGGAAGCUUCCUGAGGGCAGGAACUGGCUCUUUGCACAUAGUAUGUGUUGAAUAAAUGUUUACUGAAUCGAACCUAUUUGGGGGCAGGUGCUGGGCCAGGCAUUAGGGAUACAAAGAAAGGCAAACUUUCUCCCGACUGUGCUUUUUCUGUGGCUGUCACCCGUGCCUGGAACACUCUGUCCUCACCUCUGCCUCCCGGCUUUCUCGGCUUCCUUCAGGUUCCAGAUAAAAUCCUGCCUUCUACAAAAGCCUGCUCCCAUCCCCCUUAAUUCCAGUGCCUUCCCUCUGUUGGCCUGGUCCAGUUUAGCCUGUCAGUUUCUUGUGUGUGCCAGUGUGUCCCCAGUUAAGCCACAGGCCUUUCUUGGUGUUCCCAGCACGCAGCACAGCACUCUACACUUAGCAGGUGCCUACUAAAUGCUUGUUGAUUGACUCAAGAAGCUUCAUCUAGUCAGGUAAACAAAAGGGAGCUGAAAGGGGGGAGGGAAGGGAUGUCCCCAACAUCAGGACGAGGUAGAAGUUCGUCUGACUGAGCCGCUAGAGACAAACACGGUCCUGCUGCUUCCUGGGGGGGCUCCCGGGGGGAGCGCACCCUCUGAACCAGUGGGGGACUUUCCUGCCUGGUGCCAGAUGCUUUUCCCAGAAAGGUUGAACCAGUUCACAUUUCCACCCCCACUGUAUUCACGUGCCUGUGUGAUGAAGCUGUUUGCCUUAUAACCUCGACUAAAAGAAGCAAGGGAGAAAAGCAGCUGAGCAGAAGCUGCAGUUGCCUCCGGGGGCCUGACAAUACGGGCAGAUGUCACACCCCAGCCCCCACAGCUGUGAGCCACUUGCUGCUGCUGCUGAGGGUAUCUGGGGGACCUGGAAGCACACGCCGCAGACUGGGACUCUGGGCACUUCUCUGGGUCAAAAGCUUACUGCCUGCUUGUUGACUGACUCUCCGCAGAGUGUUCCUCUUCCUUCCCAGUUCCACCUUCUGAGGACUUGGCUUUUCCCAAAGAGGAGACAUAGAAAGGACAGAAUGGCCUCUGGGCUCCUAAUAGCCAGGGCACACCAGGGUAAGUCUGACCAAGCACAGCCUGUCCCCUCCCACCCCCACCUGUUAGGAGGCAGUCCAGGGAGUGGCAUCUCCAUUUUACAGGGGUCAGUGACCUUCCAGGACGUGGCCGUGGACUUCUCCUGGGAGGAGUGGGGGCACCUGGGCCCCGCCCAGAAGGAACUGUACCGGGAGGUGAUGCUGGAGAACUACGGGAACCUGGUGUGCCUAGGGCUUGCUGUUUCCAGUCCAGAUGUCGUCUGCCAGCUGGAGAGAGGGGAAGGACCUUGGAUGCCUGAGGGAGAUGUACCAGGGAGCAGCUGUGCAGGUUGGGAGACCAAGUUUUCAACUCCAAAACUGGGCAUUGCUCUUAAAGAAUCAUCUCAGGAAACAUUAACAAGGGUUGAUAUAUGUGUCUCCAAAUUAGGAGAUGCCUGGAAACUUAAAGCCAAUUUAGAAACUCUUCAGAACAAUAAGGAAAAGAGUAUCUGUAAAUAUGAUACCUAUAGAGAAGGCGAGUAUAAUGAAUGUGGGAAACCCUUCACGUAUAAUUCAGGCCUUAUGGAGUAUCAGACAAUUCAUAUUAAUGAGAAGCCUUAUGAAUGUCAUGAAUGUGAAAAGGCCUUUAGUCAGAAAGCAGAAUUUAGACAACAUCAGAGAAUUCAUACUGGAGAGAAACCUCAUGAAUGCAAUGAAUGUGGCAAGGCUUUCCGCCGUAGUUCGCAGCUUACUGAACAUCAGAGAAUUCAUACUGGAGAGAAACCUUAUGAAUGUAAUGAAUGUGGCAAAGCAUUCCGACAGAGGUCAAAACUUACUCGACAUCAGAGAAUUCAUACUGGAGAGAAAACUCAUGUUUGUAAUGAAUGUGGGAAAGCCUUCCACCAGAGCUCAGCACUUAAUCAACAUCAAACAGUUCAUACUGGAGAGAAACCUUAUGAAUGUCAGGAAUGUGGGAAAGCUUUCAGCCUAAGCACACGAUUUAUUGUACACCAGCGAAUUCAUACUGGAGAGAAACCUUAUGAAUGUCAUGAAUGUGGAAAAGCCUUCCACCAGAGAACAGGACUUACUGAACAUCAGCGAAUUCAUACUGGAGAGAGAGCUUACAAAUGUAACAAAUGUGGGAAGACCUUCUGCCAGAGAACAGGACUUACUCAACAUCAGAGAAUUCAUACUGGAGAGAAACCUUAUGAAUGUAAGGAAUGUGGAAAGGCCUUCUGCCAGAGAACAAGGCUUACUCAGCAUCAGAGAAUUCAUACUGGAGAGAAACCUUUUGAAUGUAAGGAAUGUGGGAAGGCCUUUCGAGUAAGAACACUGCUUACUCAACAUCAGAUAAUUCAUACUGGAGAAAAACCUUUUGAAUGUAAGGAAUGUGGGAAGGCUUUCCGCCUGAGCACAGGGCUUAGUGAACAUCAGAGAAUUCAUACUGGAGAGAAACCUUAUGAAUGUAAUGAGUGUGGAAAGGCUUUCCGUUGGAGUGCAGGACUUAGUCGACAUCAGACAAUUCAUACUGGAGAGAAACCUUUUGAAUGUAGUGAAUGUGGGAAGGCCUUCCGCCUGAGCACAGCACUUACAGAACAUCAGAGAAUUCACACUGGAGAGAAACCUUUUGAAUGUAAUGAAUGUGGGAAGGCCUUCCGUCUAAGCAUAGGACUUACUGAACAUCAGAGAAAUCAUACUGGAGAAAAACCAUAUGAAUGCAGUGAAUGUAGGAAGGCCUUCAGCCAGAGCACACAGCUUAAUCGACAUCAGAGAAUUCAUACUGGAGAGAAACCAUAUGAAUGCAAUGAAUGUGGGAAGGCCUUUUGCCAAAGAGCAAACCUCACACAACACCAAACAGUUCACACUGGUGAGAAGCCUUAUGAAUGUAAUGAAUGUGGGAAAGCUUUUAGCCAAAGCACAGCACUUACUGGACAUCUGAGAAUUCACACUGGAGAGAAACCUUAUGAAUGCAAUGAAUGUGGGAAGGCCUUCCGUUUGAGGACAGGACUUACUGAACAUCAGCGAAUUCAUACUGGACAGAAACCAUAUGAAUGUAAUGAAUGUGGAAAGGCUUUCCGCCUGAGCAAACAACUUACUCAACAUUACAGAAUUCACACUGGAGAAAAACCAUAUGAAUGUCAUGAAUGCAGGAAAGCCUUCCGCUGGCGUUCACAGCUUGCUGAACAUCAGCUGAUUCAUACAGGGGAGAAACCUUAUGAAUGUAAUGUAUGUGCGAAGGCCUUUUGCCGAAAUUCACAGCUCACUCAACAUCAGACAGUUCAUACUGGAGAGAAACCUUAUGAAUGCAAUGAAUGUGGGAAGUUGUUCCGCCUUAGCAUACAGCGUAUUCAACAUCAGAGAAUUCACACUGGAGAGAAGCCUUAUGACUGUAAUGCAUGUGGCAAGGCCUUCCGUCAGAGCGUACAACUUACACGACAUAAGAGAAUUCAUACCGGAGAGAGAGCUUAUGAAUGUAAUGACUGUGGGAAGGCCUUUUGCCAAAAAACAGGACUUACUCAGCAUCAGCGAAUUCAUAGUGGAGAAAAACCUUAUGAAUGUAAUCAAUGUGGGAAGACCUUUUGCCAAAGUUCUCAGCUUACUCGACAUCAGAGAAUUCAUACUGGAGAGAGAGCUUAUGAAUGUAAUGACUGUGGGAAGGCCUUUUGCCAAAAAACAGGACUUACUCAGCAUCAGCGAAUUCACAGUGGAGAAAAACCUUAUGAAUGUAAUCAAUGUGGGAAGACUUUCUGCCAGAGCUCACAACUUACUCGACAUGAGAAAAUUCAUACUGGAGAGAAACCUUAUGAAUGUAAUGAGUGUAAAAAGGCCUUCACUCGAAGGGCAGAUCUAAAUCAACAUAACAGAAUUCAUACUGGAGAGAAACCUUUUGAAUGUAAUGAAUGUGGGAAGUCCUUCCAUCAGAGAACAGGACUUACUGAACAUCAGAGAAUUCAUACAGGAGAGAAAACUUAUGAAUGCAAUGAAUGUAGGAAAGCCUUCAGUCGUAGGGCAGAUCUUAAACAGCACAACAGAAUUCAUACUGGAGAGAAACCUUUUGGUUGUAAUGAAUGUGGAAAGGCAUUCCGUCUGAUCACAGGACUUGCUGAACAUCAGAGAAUUCAUACUGGUGAAAAACCUUUUGAAUGUAAUGAAUGUGGCAAGGCCUUCCGCCUAAUCACUGGUCUUGCAGAACAUCAGCGAAUUCAUACUGGAGAGAAACCAUAUGAAUGUAAGGAAUGUGGGAAGGCUUUCAGCCAGAGCACACAACUUAAUAGACAUCAGAGAAUUCAUACUGAAGAGAAACCAUAUGAAUGCAAUGAAUGUAGAAAGACCUUUCGUCAGAGAGCUCACCUUACACAACAUCAGACAGUUCAUACUGGAGAGAAGCCUUAUGAAUGUAAUGAAUGUGGGAAAGCUUUUAGGCAAAGCAUAGGACUUAUUGGACAUCUGAGAAUUCAUACAGGAGAGAAACCUUAUGAAUGCACUGAAUGUGGGAAGGCCUUCCGCCUGGUCACAGGACUUACUGAACACCAGAGAAUUCACACUGGAGAGAAACCACAUGAAUGUAACGAAUGUGGGAAGGCCUUCACCAAGCGCACACAGCUGAACAGACAUCAUAAAAUUCACACUGGAGAAAAACCUUAUAAAUGCCACAAAUGUGGGAAGGCCUUUGGUCAGAAAGCACACCUUACUCAACACCAGACCAUUCACACUGGUGAGAAGCCUUAUGAAUGUCACGAAUGCGGAAAAGGUUUUAGCCAAAGAACAGGACUUAAUGGACAUCUGAGAAUUCACAUUGGAGAGAAGCUUUAUCAAUGUAAUUAA